UUAGUAAAUCAAGGCAUUCGAGCAUAAUCUCAAAUUAGCUAGAGGAGCGUUUUUUUUCCCGGCACCAGCAUCCAUCCAUCCGUCAGAGAAAACUAAAUAACAUUUAACGCAGCCGAGCGGAGGAAGAAACUGCGAGAAUGGAUGUGUAUAGAGUUAUGAAAUGGUUAUCAGUCGGUUUACUCUGAUCAUCGCUCCCUGACGCUGGUAGACGUCAAUACAGUUUUCGCAUCUGCCUUGUUUUUCUGGAGUCAUUCUAGAUUCGGAGGGGAUUAUCGAGGUAUCAAUUCAGCGUUGCGUAGCGACGAGGCACAGGCCUGAAGAGUCUAACCAUGUCUGGGGCCUCGGUGAAAGUGGCAGUCAGGGUGCGUCCCUUCAACUCGAGGGAGACCAGCAAAGAAUCCAAAUGCAUUAUUCAGAUGCAAGGCAACUCUACCACUAUAUUGAAUCCCAAAAACCCCAAAGAAGCACCAAAGUCUUUCAGCUUUGACCACUCGUACUGGUCGCACACCACGACGGACGACCCCUGCUUUGCGUCCCAGAACCAGGUGUACAAUGACAUCGGGAAGGAGAUGCUGCAGCACGCCUUCGAAGGCUAUAACGUUUGCAUCUUUGCUUACGGCCAGACCGGUGCUGGCAAGUCCUACACGAUGAUGGGAAAGCAGGAAGAAGGACAGGAAGGCAUCAUCCCUCAGCUCUGUGAAGAACUCUUUGAGAAAAUCAAUGACAACAACAAUGACGAUAUCUCUUAUUCAGUGGAGGUGGCAUACAUGGAAAUUUACUGUGAACGAGUGAGGGACCUGCUGAACCCCAAGAACAAAGGGAACCUCCGUGUAAGGGAGCAUCCUCUACUCGGACCGUACGUCGAAGACCUGUCCAAACUGGCUGUUACCUCUUAUACAGACAUCGCAGACCUCAUGGAUGCUGGUAACAAGGCCAGGACCGUGGCUGCCACUAACAUGAACGAGACCAGCAGUCGCUCGCAUGCCGUCUUCACCAUCGUCUUCACACAAAGGAAGCAUGACAACGAGACGGACCUGUCCACAGAAAAGGUCAGCAAGAUCAGCCUGGUGGACCUGGCAGGCAGUGAGCGCGCUGACUCGACUGGGGCCAAAGGCACGCGUCUGAAGGAAGGUGCAAACAUCAACAAAUCUCUGACUACCCUUGGAAAGGUCAUCUCUGCCUUGGCUGAGGUGGAUAACUGUACCAGCAAGAGCAAGAAGAAAAAGAAGACGGAUUUCAUUCCUUACCGAGAUUCUGUUCUCACGUGGCUCCUGAGAGAGAAUUUGGGUGGGAACUCGAGGACGGCUAUGGUGGCUGCUCUGAGCCCUGCUGACAUUAACUAUGAUGAAACCCUAAGCACCUUGAGAUACGCCGACAGAGCCAAGCAGAUCAAGUGCAAUGCCGUGAUCAACGAAGACCCCAACGCCAAGCUGGUGCGUGAGCUGAAGGACGAAGUCACCCGCUUGAAGGACCUUCUCAGGGCCCAGGGUCUCGGAGACAUCCUGGACAGGACUUUAGGCAUCGACAGCUGCGGGGACGGCUACGACCUGAAAGAUAUUCACAACAGUCAGCAUAGAUACUUGCUUGCUUCAGAGAACCAACGGCCUGGCCAUCUCUCCACAGCGCCUAUGGGUUCCCUCACAGCCUCGCCGUCGUCCGGGUCUCUGUGCAGCCCCACGGGCCUGCAGUCCGUCUGCAGCAUCCAGGAGCGCAUCAUGUCCACUCCCGGAGGAGAAGAGGCCAUCGAGAGGCUGAAGGAAUCUGAGAAGAUCAUAGCAGAGCUGAAUGAGACGUGGGAGGAGAAGCUGAGGAAGACCGAGGCUAUACGGAUGGAGAGAGAGGCUUUAUUGGCAGAGAUGGGAGUUGCGAUCCGGGAGGACGGGGGAACCCUGGGUGUCUUCUCUCCUAAAAAGACCCCUCACCUGGUUAACCUGAACGAGGAUCCUCUCAUGUCAGAAUGCCUGCUGUACUACAUCAAAGACGGCGUUACAAGGGUGGGUCAGGCUGAUGCAGAGAGAAGGCAAGAUAUUGUUCUGAGCGGAGCGCAUAUCAGAGAGGAGCACUGCAUCUUCCGCAGCGAGCGGAACGCCAACGGAGACGUCAUAGUUUUGCUGGUGCCAUGUGAAGGCUCGGAGACGUAUGUGAAUGGCAAGUGUGUGAACGAUGCUGUGCAACUGCGCUCAGGUAAUCGCAUCAUCAUGGGGAAGAACCAUGUGUUCCGCUUUAACCACCCUGAGCAGGCGCGAGCUGAGCGGGAGAAGACGCCAACAGCUGAGACGCCCGUGGAGCCUGUGGACUGGACCUUUGCCCAGAGAGAACUUCUGGAGAAGCAGGGCAUCGACAUGAAGCAGGAGAUGGAGAAGAGGCUUACAGAGAUGGAGAUCCUCUAUAAAAAAGAGAAAGAGGAGGCUGAUCAGCUACUUGAGCAACAGAGACUGGUCUAUGAGAGCAAGCUUCAAGAACUACAAAAGCAGGUGGAGCAAAUAGCAGAAACUCCCGAUGAAGAGGAGGAGGAAGAGGAAGAGGAGGAAGUGCCGUGGACACAGCAUGAGUUUGAACUUGCUCAGUGGGCCUUCAGAAAGUGGAGGUACCACCAGUUUACCUCACUGAGAGACCAGCUCUGGGGAAAUGCAGUAUACCUAAAGGAAGCCAAUGCCAUCAGUGUGGAGCUCAAAAAGAAGGUCCAGUUCCAGUUUGUUCUUCUGACAGACACGCUAUACUCUCCACUUCCCCCUGAGCUUUUGCCUUCCGAGCCAGAGAAGGCGCGUGACUCCAGGACUUUCCCUCGUACCGUGGUUGCUGUGGAGGUCCAGGACCUGAAGAAUGGAGCUACUCACUACUGGUCUCUGGAGAAGCUCAAGCAGAGGCUUGAUCAGAUGCGAGAAAUGUACGACCGCGCAGGAGAAAUGGCUUCCUCCAAUCAGGAGGAUGGGGAGGGACCCCUGACCGGCAGUGACCCUUUCUACGAUCGCUUCCACUGGUUCAAGCUAGUGGGAAGCUCACCAAUCUUCCAUGGCUGCGUGAACGAGCACCUGGCUGACCGCACGCCCUCGCCCACCUUCUCCACGGCCGACUCGGAUAUCACAGAGCUAGCGGACGAAAGGCAGAGUGAGAUGGACGAUUUCAUGGACGAUGAAGCCUUCGUGGACGACACCAGCUCUGACGCGGGCACUGAGGAAGGAUCAGACAUAUUCAGCGAUGGCCACGACCCGUUCUAUGACCGCUCGCCCUGGUUCACUCUCGUGGGCAGAGCAUUUGUGUACUUGAGUAAUCUGCUGUAUUCCGUGCCCCUGGUGCACCGUGUGGCCGUAGUGACCGAGAAAGGAGAGGUGCGCGGGUUUCUGCGCGUUGGGGUCCAGGCCAUCGCAGCUGACGAGGAGGCUCCUGAUUACGGCUCCGGAGUCCGUCAGUCUGGCACAGCCAAAAUCUCAUUCGAUGACGAGUAUUUCAAAAAGACUGAAUUUUCAUCCGUAGCAUUAACCCAUUCUGGCCUUUCUAUGGAGGAGUUGCGUAUUGUUGAAGGCCAAGGACAAAGUUCGGAGGUCAUCAGCCCCUCUGAGGAGAUGAACAGAAUAAAUGACAUGGAUCUGAAAAUGGGCAAUGUAGAUGGUAAGCUGGGCCAAUCAGAUGGCGUGAUUGGUCAGCUGGAGGUGGGCAGUGUCUUCACUUUCCGCGUCACUGUUCUGCAGGCCAGUGGCAUCCCACCAGAAUACGCAGACAUCUUCUGCCAGUUCAACUUCCUCCAUCGUCAUGAUGAGGCUUUCAGUACCGAACCACUGAAGAACUCAGGCAAAGGCUCCCCGCUGGGCUUUUACCACGUCCAGAAUAUUUCCGUCGAGGUCACAGAGUCCUUUAUCGAGUACAUCAAGAGCAAGCCGAUCGUGUUUGAAGUGUUCGGACAUUACCAGCAGCACUCGCUGCACCGCCACGGCCAGGAUGCAAUCAGCCCUGCACAGCCUUCCAGGAAGUACUACCCUCCACCCAUGCCUCUGUCUAAACCAGUUCCAGCCACCAAGCUGAACACCAUUAGCAAGUCGAACCUGGGCCAGUGUGUAAGCAAGUACGACCUGCUGGCCUGGUUUGAGAUCAGUGAACUGGAACCAACUGGAGAGUAUAUCCCGGCUGUAGUGGACCACACCGGAGGUCUUCCGUGUCAUGGCACUUACUUACUGCACCAGGGUAUCCAGCGUAGAAUCACAGUGACACUAAUCCACGAGAAGGGCAGUGAACUCCACUGGAAGGAUGUCCGGGAGCUGGUGGUCGGUCGGAUCAGGAACAAGCCUGAGGUAGACGAUACUGCGGCAGAUGCAGUGCUCUCUCUUAACAUCAUCUCCGCCAAAAACAUGAAGUCCUCCCAUAACUCCAACAGAACAUUUUACCGAUUCGAGGCUGUGUGGGACAGCUCGCUGCACAACUCUCUGCUGCUCAACCGUGUCACUCCCUAUGGAGAAAAGAUUUAUAUGACCCUGUCUGCAUACCUGGAGCUUGACCACUGCAUCCAGCCUGCCAUCAUCACCAAAGACAUUUGCAUGGUGUUCUACUCCAGAGAUGCUAAGAUCUCACCUCCACGCUCUCUGAGGAACCUGUUUGGCAGCGGCUAUUCUAAAACCCCUGAUUGCAAUAGAGUGACCGGGAUUUAUGAGCUCAGCCUGUGCAAGAUGGCUGACACAGGAAGCCCAGGCAUGCAGAGGCGAAGAAGGAAAGUUCUGGACACAUCAGUGGCGUAUGUUCGUGGGGAGGAGAACCUGGCUGGGUGGAGGCCCAGAGGAGACAGUCUGAUCCUCGAGCACCAGUGUGAGCUUGAGAAACUUGAACAGCUGCACGAGGUGGAGAAAACGCGUCACCUCUUGCUGCUGCGGGAGAAACUCGGAGAGUCAGUUCCUCAGAAGUGUCCGAGCGAGUCUCUUUCCCCAAGCCACAGCAGCGGCACCCUGAGUACUUCGACCAGCAUCUCCUCGCAGAUCUCCUCCACCACCUUCGAGAGCGCCAUCACACCCAGCGAGAGCAGUGGAUAUGACUCAACCGACAUUGAGAGUCUGGUGGACCGUGAGAAGGAAUUGGCCACUAAGUGCCUGCGCCUCUUGACUCACACGUUUAACAGUGACUAUAACCAGAUGUGCAACAGCAUAAGCGCCUGCCAGCUGUCUGAUAUUUCACCCAUGGGCCGUGAUCCAUCAGUCACCAGUCUCAGCAGUGCCACCCUUACCCCGUCCUCCACCUGCCCCUCUCUGGCAGACUCUCGCUGUGGUUUGGAUCAGAAGACUCCUGAGCCCAACUCCCGUGCCACCAGCCCGUCAUGCUCAGACUAUGAGAACUUUCCCAUGGUGCCAACCGUGGAGACGUCAUACCUGGCUCGUGCUGGCAAACAUGAGUUCCUCAACCUGGUACCCGAUAUUGAGGAGAUGAGGCCUGGCUCUGUGGUGUCUAAGAAGGGAUACCUGAGCUUCAUGGAGCCACGCUCGAACUCCUGGGUGAAACACUUCGUGGUAGUACGUCGCCCAUAUGUGUUCAUCUACAACAGUGACAAGGACCCAGUGGAGCGAGGAGUCCUGAACCUGUCCACCGCUCAAGUGGAAUACAGUGAGGAUCAGCAAGCUAUGCUCAAGAGUCCCAACACAUUUGGUGUGUGCACUAAGCACAGAGGGAUUCUGCUCCAGGCCAACAAUGAUAAAGACAUGAACGACUGGCUGUAUGCUUUUAACCCACUGCUAGCAGGAACAAUAAGGUCCAAACUGGCGAGAAGACGCUCUGCUUUACUGAAGGACUAAACAAGCUUCUCUGUUUGAAGAGAUCAUGCUCUGUUUCUUCUCCCUAGCCUUCGAGUGUUAACACUUAUUAAAACUUUGUGAUUCUUGAUGGUUUUCUCUUGUAUGUAGACCUGUGGCUUAAGUCUCCUCUCCAGCAAAUGAACUCUUGAGUUUCUGAACUUUCCCUUUCCUCCCUUUUUUUCACUCUCUUCCUCUCUUUCCUUCCUAACCCCUUCCCUAUUUCGUUCGUUUGGAUCCUUUCCGUCUUUAAGUUUUUCGUUCUCUGCCAUAAGCGGAACCUUCUUCUAGUAGCAUGUCGUAAUAGUCUGUUUGUGUGUGUGCACGAUUUUUCCGAGCAGUUUCUCUUCUCUAUUUGAGUUAUUGUUCGUCUGUAACGAUCGUCUUUUAUCAGUGUUAUCUGUUGAGUCAGGUACGUUUUUUUGUUUUUUUUCUCCCGCAUGGCCACAGCAGCAGUCCUCAGGAUAUGAGCAGUUUGCUUCACAAAGCCUCACAGAGUACCACUGAACAUAGAUCAAAUACACUUAUAUGACUAUCUGAAAAGAAAUAUUUCUCUCAUAGAAAAUAAUAGCUCAGUAGUUUUUACACUAGUGAGUAGAUGUUCCAACACUGGAAGGGAAGGAGACGCGUAAGGGGCCAAGGCAUGAAUUUGAUCGGGUUUAUGACUAAACCUGGAACCAGUCAGCGUUUAUUAUGAGUAUUACAGGUAAGCUGGAUGAAGAAUGUGGACAGAUUUCGUUUCUGCGCUCCAUCAGGCAGUGCUCCAGCACAGUGCGUUUACUUUUAAUUAAUUGAUUAAUUAAAUUUGUGUGUAGUAAAGGGAUAACAUAUUUCCCAUUUGUAAAGGUGCAUUACUACGUAGCUCUACAGAAGGAUGAAAGAAUGAGAACAGCUCGGCUUUUACAUUCCAAAUAACAGCCACAAAUGAGAAGAAACUAUUAUUUGUAACUAAUUUUCAGGUUUCCCACACUUUCACGCUAGUCAUUCUGAAACAAGAGACAUUCCUUUCUUUUUUUCUUUCUUUCUUUCUUUCUUCCUUCCUGUUUUCCGCAUGAUCUUUUAUUUAUUGCUAGAUCGCAGCAGUUGUUUCCGCCAGGCAGAUUUGAUAUCCACAGGCCUGUGGUACUGAUACUGGAGCUUCGCUGAAUACCGAUACAGUGGUGAUGAACCUGCCUCAUUGCUCUGCAUCAGGACAAAAAGUUCCAUGACCAUGUUGAACCUACCUGAUGCUAUGAAUUUAAACUACUAAUUAUUGUACUCCGUAUGUUAACUUAUUAUUUCUAAUGCUGCUUGUUUUAUAUCACAUUAACCUGGAAAUGAAGCAGGAUGUUUUUUUUUUUUGUUUUUUUUGUCGUUGUUUUUUCUUUUGAUAGAUUUGCACAUUGACACAAACACAACUGGAUCACUGAAGCAGAUUUCGGUCCAACACUGUUUGAAGAAUUAAUUAUUUUGCAGCGUAACAUGUAGAAAGUGAAAAGAAUAUACUGUAUGCUCAUGCCUUUGCAUUUAUGAAAGAGGUUUCCUCUGUUAAUGUUUGAUGCAAUUAGAGUUUGGAAGUCUUUCAGUCUUUGCCUCGAAUUAUUGGAGUUUGCGACAAGUAGAUUAUAUGUGUCUUGGCGCACUGAAAAGCCACUGGCCAGCCAACCAGCAGGCUGUGUGCUUCACAUAAUCUCUAAAGCUAGUGCAAAUUUCCUGCUUAGUAUAAGAUCUGGCGGUCCAAUGAAGUAAAGAUGAUAAAAUGAAGACUGGUUUAGCCUUGAAAGCGUUUAGAUAACAAAGCAAAAUUAUGCUAUGAUGAUCCAGUUCCGAGGUCAACCAACCUCAGAAACGGGAAUUACAAAGGCAAAUACUUUGGUUUCAAAUGUUAUCUUUGCACAUAUAUUUAUUCCAUAUGGCAUUUUUAAGGGAAAUGGCUGUUGUCAUGCCUUUGUUUCAUCAUACUUUCAGUACUGAAGAAGAAGAAAUGUGAUGUAAUGAAUUGCACAAGUCUUGACAGAGCAAAGAGUUUCUUUAGUUAGAGAGACGUUCUAACUGUAUAGACCUAAAUAGACAGGCAUCGUGUAGGGUUCUUCUCUUUCGUUCGCAGUGUAUAUAUUAAUUUGCAGUUCUUUGCACAUUUAGGAGGUGAUGACUGAUGACUGACUAACAGAUCAAAUAAAGCCUGAAGUGGAUUUCUGGUGUUCACUUAAAUGAGAACAAGAUCAGAUUAUUACUGUAUAUGAUGGUGUGUUACAGUUGGGAGUGGAUUUAUGAAUGUACCUCUGGGAUGUCACUAACAAAUGAUCACUAAUUGCGUUGGUGUUAGAAUAAAAAAAGGGAAAUGUUUUUUUUUUGUUUGUUUGUUUUUUCAAACUGCCAGCUUGAUUCACUGUAGUGCUUCCUGUUGCUUUCGUUUGGUUGCGCCACUCCUUUACAAACCCAGUUUGAGUUCAGGUGUGUACUUCAGAGUUGUGAUGAUGUGGGGAGGGAUACUGUUUAGAUUUAUUUUCUAAUAUCAGGGACUAUAUUUUUUAGAGAUAUUCCAGAAUUAAUCAUUACUCACGCGUAUACCAUUUUAGUCUUCGUGUCUCAGUCAUUGUAUUGCAUUUUUCCCAUGCUGCCUUCACAACCACUCUGGUAUACACUCCUCCUCCUCAGAGGCCUCCGUUUAUUAAACUCCCUCUCGUUUCGUUGAAAGACAACGAGCUAAACCAAGGCGUUAACACUGUACAUUAUUUGUCAGAUUGGCUUCAUUUUCAUACUUAUUUUGUAAAUAUUACAUGUUGUAUGGAGCUUGAAUUAAUAUGUAAAUAUGUCUCCUGUAUUUGUAAUACUUAUAAUCCAUUCGCUGUAUAGCUUAGAUGUGUAAUGCAGAUAUCUUAAUUCUGUGUAUGGUAAUCUUGCACCAUUGAUCUGUUUAGUGAAUGAGGUAACAAUAAAGUCCAUCCAGUGCAUUAGCAGAGGAACAUCA